AAUAAAAUGUUUGUGUGUGGAUAAGGAAAUAAAAAAAAAAAAAAAGAAUUUUAAGUGUUCUCUCGUGAUCUUUGCUGCAUUUUUCAAUAAAACAAAUAAAAGUGAUAAUUAUAGACUAUAAGCAACAGUAAAAUGAUUCAAUUAGUGAAAAUUAACAAAAAUUAUUAAGAAGCUAAAAUAUAAGAUACAAUAUUAAGACACCAAACACGCAUAUUUGGGAAUUAAAGUCAUCGAUUAGAGAAUUUGGAAUUUUUGAUAGAAUGGCAUCAGCUACAAAUUUCGUUUCACAGUACAAUUGGAAUAAUUCAAAUAAUCAGUUAUCACCUCUUAAUAUUUUGCCUUAUCAAUAUCCACAAGCACCUUCAGUGGGAUCACUAGGUCAUUCAACAAUUGGAAGUGCUGGAUUAUCGCCAACACAGUCAAUUUCGAGUACCUCAAGUCAAUCGAAUGUUUCAUCAGCUAGUCCCGAUGUCAUCACGACUCCAGAAUCACCAGUUUCAAUAAAUAAUUGUACUCCAUCCAAUAGUGUACAAUCAUCAUCAUCAUCAUCGAGUGGUGCAAGUGGCAAUAACUACAGUUUUCAUCAAUCACCUUAUUCAAGUCAUCAUCAUCAUAUGGACAUAGCCGCGAGAUCAUCGUCAAUGUCACAUGCAUAUUCAUCAUAUCAUCAAUAUCAUCCAGCAAGUAACUAUUAUCCCAACACAUGGUUUCAAGAUCCUAGUCAUACAACGACUGCAGCUACAGCACCUUCACUUUAUCAUUCUCAAAGUUGGCCUCCUUUAGCCGCUGCUGAUGCUUAUGGCUUUAAAUUAGAGGACUAUGCACAGACACAAGCACAGAGACGUUGUGCACGUUGUACAUGUCCUAAUUGUAUAAAUGAAUUGUCUGGAUUGCCUCCAGUUGUGGGACCUGAUGAGAAGGGAAAGCGUCAACAUCUCUGCCAUAUACCGGGAUGUGAAAAAGUUUAUGGAAAAACGUCACAUUUAAAGGCUCAUUUGCGUUGGCACACAGGCGAACGUCCCUUUUUGUGUAAAUGGCUAUUUUGUGGUAAAAGAUUCACACGAUCUGAUGAACUACAAAGACACUUUCGAACUCAUACCGGCGAGAAGAGAUUUACGUGCCAGAUUUGUGCAAAGAAAUUCAUGAGAUCAGAUCAUUUGGCAAAACAUAUAAAGACACAUGAAAAUAAAGCAAAGAAGUUGAUGUCUAAAAAAGGAGACAAAUCAGAAAAGGCGUUGAAAAGUUCUCCAUUGUCAUCAUCAGCACCUACCAUCAAACAAGAAAAGGUUGAUGAUGAAGACAUGAAACCGUCAAUCUUUACAGUAGAUUCAUCAUCCACCAAUUAUACAGACACAACCAAAAGUGGAAGUAGUUUUCUUGAUCCAUCAUUAAUACAGUCACAGUCACAGUCACCUACAUCGCAAAUGAAACCUUCAAUUGAGGAUUAUUAUCAGCCAUACCAUCCCUACCAGUAUCAAUAUGGAAGUAAUUACUUCCAUCAUCAAAAUUCACGAUUCUAUCAGGAUAAGAAUUAUUUUUAUGGACACAUGAUGAGUCCGGAACAAAAUCGUGGAAUGUUUUCAUCACCACCAGCUGCUUCAACAGCACCACAAUCAAAUAAUUUAAUACCAACGCAAGCAACGACCAAUUCCGUACAAAAUCAACAGAAUGGCUUUUAUCAACAAUCAUCGAAUUACCACAACGGUAAUAAUACGCACACUUCUAAUGAUCAAAAUUAUCUGCUUAAUUUUAAUGCUUCAAUUAACAAUACCAUCAACAUUAAUACCUCAAAUUUAAUGAUAAACAUCAAUAAUACACCAACAAAUACUCUUACAAAUAAUACUUAUCAAUCUCAACAUGCUCAACAAUAAUAUUAGGCACCAUUAUAAAUGAUGCUCGAUAUUUUAUAAUACAAGAGAUGUGAUCAAGCAAGGAUACUUGAGUAUAUACUAAGCAUAUUUGCUUAUCUGUAGAAAAUUAGUGUGAAAUGAAGUUGUUUAUUCAGGGAAAAUUAAUUCUUAGAUUUGUAAGUGAUAAAUCAGAGACAAAAAAUUGUGAAGUGAU